CAGCGGGUUGAACCGGCUCAAGUCAAUAUGUAUGCUAGGUAGGUACAUUCAUGUAGGUAACCGCGACGGGAUAUACAUUUGCAUGUACCUACAUAUUACCUCGAUGUUACGUAGAUUCCGAGAAUUAACUUCAUCCUGACCAAUACAAGCUUGCAAUACGAACCCAUCAUCAUAUUUCACAAUAACAACAUCACACCUCGAGCUUUAACAUAACCCCUCAGUCGUUCAAAAGAAAACAUCUUUUCUCAGUUUACGUCAUCUCAUAAACUCCUCCAAUGCAUCCGGAUCAGCCCAUCCACCACGGCUCCUUGGAGCACCUCCUACCGCCCAGCUGGAAGUCUCAGAUUACCACUUGGCUAGCCGAGGACACUCCGUCGUAUGAUUACGCCGGCUUCGUCGUAGGCGAGCACCCUCGAAGUGCUACGCUUUGGGCUAAAAGUGCCGGUAUCGUUGCUGGCAUCCCAUUCUUCACUGAGAUUUUCAAGCAGUGCGGGUGCGAGGUAGAGUGGUAUGUCAAGGAAGGAGGUUAUAUCGACCGUCCUAAGGAUGGCUCAGGAAAGACUAAGGUCGCCACCGUGACAGGCCCCGCACGCGGUUUGCUGCUAGGCGAGCGAGUUGGGCUGAACCUUCUGGCGCGAUGCUCCGGAAUCGCUACCGUCAGUCGCGAUAUGCUACUCACCCUACGCAGCGCGGGAUACGAGGGUGUGCUAGCGGGCACGCGCAAGACAACGCCGGGAUUUCGAUUAGUUGAGAAGUACGGCAUGUUGGUCGGCGGGGCCGAUACGCACCGCAUGGACCUAAGCUCCAUGAUUAUGCUAAAGGAUAACCACGUGUGGAGCCGUGGCAGUAUCACCGAGGCUGUGAAGGCUGCCAAGAUGGUUGGCGGAUUUGCGCUCAAAAUCGAAGUUGAAGUUCAGAGCGAGGACGAGGCUAACGAGGCUAUCGCUGCUGGCGCCGACGUCGUCAUGCUCGACAACUUCACGGGAGAUGGCGUCAAGAUUGCGGCUAAGAAUUUGAGGGAGAAGUGGAAGGGAAAACGCGAAUUUCUGAUAGAGGUUUCUGGUGGUCUGCGCGAGGACAACGUGUUUAACUAUGCGCAUAAUGAUGUCGACAUCAUCUCGACAAGCGCGAUUCACCAAGGCACGCCGCAUGUGGACUUCUCGCUGAAGAUCAACCAGGAUGAGAUUACUUACGUCUCGUGAUGUUAGGUGGGGCUUAUAUCCUCGACCGAUUAAGUAUCGUGGAUGUACGGUUAGUAUUCCGAGUGUAGGCAGCCUAGAUUGCCUAUCUCAGGUUAAUUCUCAAGACUGGCAUUAUAGGAAUAUAGUCUGAGACAGCUUAGUCUAGCCUCGUAUACAUAAUGCAUAUCACGCUCUCUCAUACCGCAAAA